GUUUGAAGAGGAGAAAGAGGGAGAGCGAGGAAAAGGAGACAUUUCAUCUGAGGAUUCAACAUGGGGGAAAUGGUCAACGCUUGGUUUGCUGAACGUGUCCACUCCAUUCAGCCAUCUAGGGAAGGAUCAAAAGCUCCGCCAGAACCUUUAUCGGCACUCCAUCCACUGGGUCCAACUGAUGCACCAUCUCCAAGUCCAGCUCCAUCUACCCCUACACGAAAGAUCUCUGCAUCUGAGUUUGAUAGGCCACUUCGCCCCAUUGUUGUGAAAGACGCUGAGGGUUCACUUACUUUUCUUAGUGAUACAGAAAGGGUGCAAAUGCCACUUCCUCCUCCCCAGCGGCCUGGCUCAUGCAAUGGGACAGAUGAGGACGGAGGUAUUAUGGACUCAGGAGUUCGUGAAAAUGGGGACCGCUGUGCUCGUCUGUUGGAGCUUGUACGUGAUGUUUCAAGUCACUUGGACCUUACUGCCCUCUGCCACAGGAUCUUCUUACACACUCAUGAGUUGAUAGCUGCGGAUCGCUAUUCGUUGUUCUUGGUUGGAGAGGACAGUUCAAACAGGAAGUUCCUGGUUAGCCGGCUAUUUGAUGUUGCAGAAGGAUCCACUCUUGAGGAGGCUUCCAACAGUGGUAUUCGCCUAGAAUGGAACAAAGGAAUUGUGGGAUAUGUGGCAGCCACUGGACAGCCUCUGAACAUCAAGAAUGCAUAUGAGGAUCCACGUUUUAAUGCAGAAGUGGACCAAAUUACAGGAUACAAGACGCAGAGCAUCUUGUGUUUGCCCAUCAAAAAUCACAGAGAUGAGGUUGUUGGAGUAGCGCAAGCAAUCAAUAAAAGGUGUGGAGAGAACAGUGCCUUCACAGAACAGGAUGAGAGGGACUUUUCUUCGUACCUGACUUUCUCUGGCAUAGUGCUACACAAUGCACAACUCUAUGAGACAUCACAGCUGGAGAACAGGCGAAACCAGGUGUUGUUGGAUCUGGCUAGUCUGAUCUUUGAAGAGCAGCAGUCUUUGGAGGUCUUACUGAGGAAAACUGUGGCUACCAUCUUGUCUUUCAUGCAGGCCCAAGAAUGCACAGUCUUCAUUUCUGACAGGGAAACAGCUAACACAUUCUCCAGUGUGUUUCACAUGGAAUAUGAGGAGCUUGCAGGAUCCGUGGACUUCCCAAACAGAGAAUGUGAUGUCAAUAAGAUUAACUAUAUGUAUGCCCAGUAUGUCAAGAACACUAUGGAGCCACUGAUCAUUGCAGAUGUCACCAAAGACCAGCGAUUUCCAUGGACAAGUGAAAAUCUACAGUCCUCAAACUGUCAAAUCAAAAGUCUACUGUGCACGCCAAUAAGGAAUGGGAAGAAAGACAAAGUGAUAGGUGUCUGCCAGUUGGUCAAUAAGAUGGAUGAAGCUUCAGGGGAGGUAAAAGCCUUUAAUAGAAACGAUGAGCAGUUUCUAGAGGCCUUUGCUAUCUUUUGCGGGCUGGGAAUCCAGAACACACAGAUGUACGAAGCCGUGGAAAGAGCAAUGGCUAAGCAAGAGGUCACACUUGAGGUCCUCUCUUAUCAUGCCUCGGCUGCAGAGGAAGAGACGCGGGCGCUCCAGGUAACUACGGCGGCUACGAUUCCCUCUUCUCAAUCUCUCAGACUGCUGGACUUCAGCUUCAGUGAUUUUGACCUGACGGAUGCUGAGACGACCCAAGCAACCAUCCGCAUGUUUGUGGACCUCAAGCUUGUGCAGAAUUUUCAGAUGAAGUACAAGAGUUUGUGUCAGUGGAUCUUAAGCGUAAAGAAGAACUACAGGAAGAAUGUGGUCUACCACAACUGGCGACAUGCCUUCAACACCUCCCAGUGCAUGUUUGCUGUGCUAAAGUCUGGGCGGUUUCAGAGUAAUCUGAGUGAUUUGGAGGUUUUAGCUUUAAUGAUUGCAACGUUGAGCCAUGAUUUGGACCACCGAGGUGUCAACAACUCCUACAUCAAAAGAAGUGAGCAUCCAUUGGCCCAGCUGUACUGCCACUCCACAAUGGAGCACCACCAUUUUGACCAGUGUCUUAUGAUACUCAACGGUCCAGGUAAUCAGAUUCUGAGCGGUCUUUCUCUGGAUGAGUACAAGGCGACAUUGAAGAUGAUUGAGAAGUCUAUUUUGGCCACUGACCUAGCUCUCUACAUGAAGAAAAGAACAGAAUUCUUUGAGCUGGCUAAGAACAGUCAGUUUGUAUGGGAGGACGAUUAUCACAGAGAUCUGCUAAGGUCGAUGCUGAUGACAGCAUGUGAUAUCUCUGCUAUUACAAAACCCUGGCCAGUACAGAAGAAGAUAGCAGAACUGGUUGCCACAGAGUUCUUUGAACAAGGUGAUAAGGAGCGGAGAGAGCUAAACGUUGAACCUAUUGAUCUGAUGAACAGGGAGAAACAGGAUAAAAUUCCCAGCAUGCAAGUGUCUUUCAUUGAUGCCAUUUGUACACAGUUAUACGAGUCGCUGACAGGUUUCUCAGAGUACUGCUCCCCCCUGCUGGAAGGUUGUAGGAAGAACAGACAGAAUUGGAAGCUGCUUGCUGAGCAAGGAGAGGAAGCUUUGCUAAACGGAGGAUUGUAACUUUUCUUUUGGAAUGCAGAUGUCCUUGGACUAUUCACAUCUUUCCCUGCCCCUUUCCUAGAAACUAAAGGAUUACAAGACCCUGGUUUGAUGAUAUUCACAUGACUGCUCUGGCCAUUUCACAAAGCACACUGGAGCAGGUUAAAAGUGCAAGCUUGGGUUAUAAGUGCAUCAGAAUAAAGUCAAUUUUUAAAUUGAGACCACUGUGCUAUAAAAGACUUGAUGAAGAAAAGAGGGAUUGAUGGAUAUUUACCUGUGCAGGUAACCCAGCUGGUGAAGAAAUGUUUUAAAACUGUGACUAAAUUAUCUUGACUCGUUAAAGGAAUGUUCCAGAUUCAAUACAAGUUCUUUCCAGCAUUUGUGACAAGCUGUUAACAAAGAACAUAAUUUCAACUCGUUUCUUAGUUUGUAAAAACAAAAAUGACAUUUAGGCCACAGU